AAACACUGACAUCUUUCGUAUGUCUUUUGUGCAUAGAGGCAACGUCUCUUAUCGACGAAGUAAUACGGAUCGCACCGCCACAGUGUAAACUCUGCCCUUGAUAGACAAACUCACGUCACCUCGGCGCCAUGAAUGUUGGAGUUUGGCGAAAUCUGACUUGGUCUUCCCGAUUCUAGAACUUAAUCGAGUUAAUUUUUGGAAUACGAAAUUUACCAGUGAUGGAGAUGCUGACGAACUUCUUCCGGAAGGUUUGCCACACAGCGCUUAUCGCGCCGUUUCGUGGUGUCGGCACUAUCUCUCACCGCAGCUUUAAGCUAACAAAAGCCUACGAUCCACAGAUCCAUCCCGGCGUUGGCCCGAAUUUAGCGCGUAACAAUGUGUUACCCAAGGAAUACGAACUCAUGAUGCAGAAAGUGUUGCCCAGGCUAGGAUCAAAACUUAUGGGAAAGAAACGACUGACUACCAUCCUUUUGUCUCGGCGUGAGAAGAAGUUUUCUGAAGCUGCCCGUCUGUCGACGCCAGAGGGCAGGAUCAUCAUGCACCGACGACUCAUUCGAGGAAGAAAUACAUUGUGGAAACAUGACUGGUAAUUUGCAUCGAAUUCGCCUAUGUACAUACGCUCUAGUAGUGUUAAUAUAUAUUCACAUCUUCCG